UGCAGCCCUUGUUUAGACAGAUUUAAGUGAAACUAGUGUAAAAAGAGUCUUCUGGGGAAGUUGGGAAGUCCUGGGAAGACCAGAAUCUUGAAAUGGGAUUUGUAACAUCCACAAGUUUCUGGUGCCCCGUCCCUCCUGUGGGUUUUUGUGCAGGAGCUGUGUAUCCUGUUGGGUGCCAGUGGAGGCCACAGUCACUGCAGUUGCUGAGCAGUCAGUAGCCUCAGCAGUUUCACUUCCUCAAGACCACCCUUUCUAGGCGAGGUGAACCUUUGGCAGGCUGUACAAGGAAAAGGUUGGGUUACUGAGACAGUUCUAGAGAAAGCCAGAGGGACAAAACCAGGGUGCAGGGGAGCUGAGGGAAAUUAGAGAGACUGUAAUUUAGCAAAAGGACGGGAACAUUUCCAGGAAGGGUGCGAAAGGAAGAAAUCAAAAGUAAAACUAAUAAAGACAGAACGGUGCCGGAAGGGGUGGUCCUUUAAACUGCUGUAUGAAGGGAGAGGCCACUAUCAAGUAUUUGUCACACAGUGCAGAUCACGCAUAGUGACUCUUUCAGCCUGCAACUGAACUCUUGAUUCAGGUAAGACACAGAAGAGCUAAUCCAGGGAAAGGUUUGCUGAGACUUGAGAUGACAUGGAGACAGAAAUAUUUUGAACCUGAAGAUGAAAUCAUACUUGUGGUGGCUCUCUGGGUAAAGGCGUAACUUGGGCCAGUGAAACAAGUCGGACGGGUUUUCUGAUCUUUUACUACCUUAAGCCUUUUGGAAGGAAUUUGUGUGCCUCAUUCUAUCAAAAGAUCCAAAUCCUGAUGUGAAAUGAAUACAGACUUCCACAAACUCCUUUUUGAAAUGUCCGAGGCUUUGGUCACAGAUGAACUGGCAGCACUGAAGUUCCUCAGCCUGGAUCAUGUUCCCAUGAGGAAGCUGGAAGCCAUUCAGGAACCCAAGGCCUUCUUCGAAGUGCUGCAGGAGAAGGACAUGAUCGAGGCAGGGAACCUGGCCUUUCUCCGGGAGCUGCUCUACCGCAUCGGCAGGAUCGAUCUCCUGGUUACCCACCUGGGUUCCAGCCGGGAGCACAUGGAGAGAGAGCUGCAGGUCCAAGGCAGGGCAAAGGUGUCAGCUUACAGGCAACUGCUAUAUGGAAUUGCAGAGGACUUGACUCCAGAAGAUGUCAAAAAUGUGAAGUUCCUGCUCCAAAAGCAAUUACCUAAGAACAAGCUCCAGGAUAAUGCUUCGAUGUUGCAGGUUUUUCUGGAAAUGGAAAGAAAUAGGAUAAUUAAAGAAGAUGACCUGACAAUGCUGAAAGAUAUAUUAAAGGCCUUUAGAGCUGACAUAAAGAAAAAAAUUGAUAUCUAUGAAGAAAAAAAGAAAGACAAUUAUUCUAAAGAAGAACUCCGCUAUCCUGUGUCUGUCUCUGUGCAUCCAGGGGAACAAGGAGCAGAGGGGAAGACAACAAACCUGGCUGUGGAAACAUAUAAGAUGAAAAAUAUCCCCCAUGGUUACUGUGUGAUCCUUAACAACCACAUUUUCAACAAUCCGAAACAGAACAGAAAAGGAACAGUGAAAGAUGGAGAGGCUGUGAAGAGGGUCUUUAAGUGGCUUCAGUUUGAGACAGUUGAGCACAUGGAUCUGGAAGCAAAAGAGAUAUUUGAGAAAGUUAAAGAAUACAGCAAAAGAGAUCAUAGAAACAUGGACUGUUUUGUUUGCUUCAUUUUUUCCCACGGUGAAAAACGCAAGAUAAAAGGCAUCGAUGAUGAAUUUGUAAAUAUUAAAGAUUUAGUCUCCUGCUUCAGUGGAUCUAAUUGUCCCUCUCUUGCUGGCAAACCCAAGGUGUUUUUCAUCCAGGCUUGCCAAGGCUCUGUUGGACAUCCAGCUGUUGCAGUAGAAGCAGAUUUUUCUGGACAUCCUGAGACGGAUGCUACCCCUUCGACUUCCAUUCCUGAUCUGGCUGACAUUCUGAUUGGCAUGUCUACAGUGGAAGACUAUUUGUCCUUCCGCUGGGCUGAGUCUGGCAGUGUUUACAUUCAGUGCCUCUGUGACAAGAUGAAGUUGCUUUGCCCUCAGGGCAUCGAUCUCCUAACCAUCCUGACAACAGUGAACGAGGAAGUGGGAGGAAAAGAAUUUAUAGUAUCGAAUCAGAUGCCAGGAGGAAAAUUGGAGAAGCAGAUGCCACAGAUAAUAACAACACUACGGAAGCAAUUGAUCUUCGAAAUUCCACAAGGACAGCCAAGUAAAGAGUAGAAAAAUAAGAAUGCAAUCAGUUUAGGAAUCACAUCUGGAGUGGGCUUCCACGGGAAAAAGACUUCACAUGAGAAAUUAUCUGGAGUUAGCCCCAGUCCUUUAAGGACCCAUAGGACCUAAAUUUUAAAAUUUCCAUAUUUAAUCAGUCUUCUGACACCUGGAUCUGUGGCAGUCAGGUGAGGUUGUGGAAGAGCACAGAUCACUGCAGAGCAGUGGAGUAUGUUCAGUCUGGGUUUCAGGUGAGGAAGCAUGUGUAGGGUUGUAACUGCCUUACCCGGAGGUGAAUCAUUGUCUAUGUUUGGAAGUUAUGAUUUUUCAUGGAAAAAUAACAU